AUGUCUCAAUCAACACCUUCCGAAAAUGUGAGUGAUACAUCCGCAACGACGAUUAGUCAACCAGCAAAGGUUGCACCUACAUUAAAACUUGAUAUUCUUCGUAUUAUUCGACUUUGCCAACAACAACAUGGCCUCCGUCAUGGCGAUUACCAACGAUAUCGAUCAUUCUGCUCUCGUCGUCUGCGUCGUAUACGCAAAUCUCUCGAAUUAACAUAUGGUAAUCAAAAAAAAUUUCAAAAACCUAUAAUUACAGAUGAACUUGUCGCAAAAGAUUCACGUUACCUUCUAUUACCACUUAUUUGUAGUGAACGUGCAUGGGCUUAUGCUAUGCAAUUGAAAAGUGAAGCAAAUACAGAACCUCGAAAAAAAUUUCAUCUUUUAAGUCGUCUUCGUAAAGCAGUUAAACACGCUGAACAAUUAGAGACAUUAUGUAAUCAACAGAAAACAUGCGAUGCUCGUACAAAACUCGAAGUUCAAGCUUAUACAGCUGUUAUGAAUGGUCAUUUAAAAUUUGAAAUGCAAUCAUGGGCUGAUGCAUUACAAUUUUAUAUUCGUGCUCAAGCAAUUUAUGAUAAACUUAAAACGGGUGUUCGCAGUGAAGAUGAUAAACAAAUGAUUGAUCAACGUAUUGAUGAAAUAACAACAAAUGCUCGUUUUUGUCAAUAUAAAAGUGGUGAUAAAAAUGCUGCAAAAGAAUUAAGAAGUUUAAGAGCUAAAGCAACAGUUGAUGAUCCUGAAAUGACACGUGUUCUUGAUGCAUUUCUUAGUGAAACACAUGAGCAACAAACAUCAUCAAUAUCAGAAAUAACAUGGCGACAACGUAAAAUACAAGUAACAAAUGAAAAAGUUCGUUUAUUCUUUCUUAAUUUACAAGAAUUUCACAAUGAAAUCAAAAAACAAGAUGUUUCAUUCGAUACAAAAAUGAGUCUUUACGAAAGUUUUCUUAAAGAUGCAGUUGAAACAUUACAAAUUGUUAAAGAUGAACUUAAAAAUGAUCCUACAUUUAAACCUGUUCCGGCAUCAUCAAUCACAACUGCUAGUGCAACACGUGAAAAUAAUGAUAAAUUAUCCGAUUCGGUUUGGCUUUAUAGUUAUAUUGCAUGGAUUCGUCUUUCUAAAAUGAUUGAACGUAAUUUAGCAAUGAUUGAUAAUGGUAAACAACAAAUAUUUAAAACACCUACAACUGAUACUGGGAAAAUUGAUGCAACAUCAGCUAAAAAGGUAACAAAAGCAGCUGAUAUUAUUCGAAUGUAUGAUUUAUUAUUACAAUUUUUAAAUGAUAUUCUUGCAAUACCAGCUUUACAAAAUGAUAAAAUAAUACAAUCGGAUGUUGCUUUUCAAACAAUUGUUUACAAGGCUUGCAGAUCAUUUUAUAUAACAAUAUCAUUUAUUCAACAAAAACGUUUUAAAGAAUCGGCUGCAUUUGUAAUUAAAACUGAAGCAUAUAUUGAACAGGCAAAGAAAAUAGUCGAUGAUGGACAACAAUUAAAAUCAAGUGAAAUUAAUUAUCAAUCAUUAUUAAAUGAAUUUACUUUUAUUCAAUCGAAACUCGAUGAAGUUAAAUAUGAAAUUCAAACAUCAGCUACAUCAACACCAAUAGGUAAUGCUUCACCUAAAGUUGGUGCAAUACAACAAUCAUUUGAUCAGCCUCUUUCACUUGAUGAGCAAAAAGAAUUGGACAAAAAACCUUUAAUCGAUCGUUUGGAUACUUAUUAUGAAGAUUCAUCAUUAACUAAUAAAAAUCGUUUGAAUAUUGUUUCAUUACCACCACCAUUUAAACCUAUUCCAUGCAAACCCAUUCUCUUCGAUUUAGCACUUAAUCAUCUAAUCUUUCCAUCAUUAGAUGAUAAAGUUCAAAGUAAACGUCAGGCAACAACAUCUACUGAUAAAGGACAACAACAACAAGCUGGUCUUACUGGUUUUGUCAAAGGAUUUUUUUCUUGGGGUGGAAAAAAACAAUAG